AAACACCCUCACAUUCCUCCAUUUUUUAAGGCUUGGUUUCGGACAUAAUAUCCGAAAGAAAAAGAAAAAAAAAGUAAAUAGAUUUGAAAAAAAAGUAAAUAGAAAAAAUUAAUUUUUUGGAAAGAUGGGGUUCAAAAGCUGUUAUUUUGUGUGCUUGACUAUUUUCCUUUCAAUCUCAUCUUCCAUUGAUGCAUUAGACAUAACAAAAUUGUUAGGUGACAAGCCCGAUUAUGCCACCUUCAGCAAAUACCUCACCGAAACCAAGCUUGUCGACCAAAUCAACAGCCAAAAGACCGUGACUGUCCUCGUCGUUAAUAAUGGCGCUCUCUCUUCCCUCUCUGGGAAAUCUCCAGAGGUUAUCAAGGCCAUAUUGAGCACCCAUGUGAUCCUUGAGUUUGUCGAUGAAAAGAAGCUCAUGCAAGACAUUAUAGGUCCUGGCAAACUCAUGUCCACUCUUUACCAACAAGGGAAACUUAAGGCUGCACUCAUCGGUGAGGGUUCGAUCGCCUUUGGAUCCUCUGUGAGUGGUGCUCCAGCGCCCGAUGCUGAGAUUGUCCAAAGUGUUGUCUCCCAGCCUGACAUUUCCGUAAUCGAAAUUAGCAAACUUAUUGUGACCCCUGGAAUUGAUUCACAAACCCCAGCCUCACCUUCUAACGGACAAGCCCCCGCUGCAACAAAAACCAAACCGGAGGGUGCUUCGGCUCCUUCAGCAACAACCAAGGCUCCUACUGCACCAGCCAAGGCUCCUGCUGGAUCAGCCAAGGCUCCCGUGCCAACUGAGGGAGCCAAAUCCGCUGCGCCAACUGAGGGAGCCAAAGCCCCAGCUGUGUCAAAUGACGAUGCCAAAGCCCCAACUAAGUCUGCUGAAGCACCUACCCAUGAUGCCAAAGCUGAUGCUCCAACAACUGGAGCUCAAACUCCUUCUUCAGAGGAAGCUGCAACUACUGCUCCACCACCUUCUGAAGUUGUCACUGAAUCCCCAGCUGUAACCCCAACAACCGGUGGCGAGGCUGCUGGUCCUGGUGGCGAGGCUGCUGGUCCCGGUGGCGAGGCUGCUGCAGAUUCUACAACUCCUAGCAGCUCUUCAAGGCCAAUUGUAGGUUUGGUUGGAGCAGUGAUGUGCUUCGCUUCUCUCUUGGUUGUUAUGUAGGGUGAUUUAAAAAAAAAAAACAGUGUUUAAGAGUCUAUAUAUUUUAAUUAUAAUACAAGAAGUGAGAGUUUGAUCGUUUGAAUAAAGAUAGUACACACUAUAUGGAUUUGUUGCUAUUGAAACUAUUUGUCAAUUGCAUCAAAGUCCAGUGUGUUUUAGUAUUUAUGAUAUUUUAAUGGAACAAAAAUAUAUGAUAUGCACAUAUAUUUUGAUUCA